AUGGCAGAGUGUACUUCUUUUAUUAUCGAUGUCUCUGAACGAAUGAUACAAACAGAUAAAGUGAAACAAUUGCUCCAGUACCUGGAAUAUACAUUGUUGGAGAAAUGUGAAAAGUCAAGAAAAACAGAUUGGGUGGAUUGUUUUUUAACUAAUCAUAUCCACACUGAUAAUUCUAUGCAAUUGGAAAAUAUAUACGAACUACAAAAAAUGGAAGCGCCUUUGUUAGGGAGCCAAUGCCAGGAAAUAUCAAAGAUGCUAUGUUCAUUAAAACCUACAGAUGGUAUCAACACUGAUGAGUUCAAUACCAUUGAACAAUGUCUAUUGUUAUCAACUUUACAAAUCAAAGAAAAGUUCCAUAAAAGGAAGAUGUUACGACAAAUCAUGUGUUUCACAGAUGAUAUGAAAUCCAUCACUUUGGAAGAUAGUGAAAUCGAUGAGAUGUUACAAGAAUAUACUGGUCGUUUUGUAUUGGUUGAUUGUAGAACUACAAAUCAAAUUACCAAGGAUAAUUCUUCAGGUGUUACAGGUCCAGAGAAUAGUUGGUUUCGAUUGAUUUCCAAAUGUGAGGGAUCUACGAUUGUUAAAUUGUCUGAAUUAAUUCAAUUAACAAACACACCAAGACCACCAGUGGUGAAACCUGUCAGAGUCUUUUCAGGACAAUUGAGACUUGGUGCUGAAUUAACUAACAUUGCUAUGGAUAAUAUUUCUGAAAACAUAUCUGAUACCAGUUGUCUUUGUAUUAAUGUAGAAGGUUAUCCUGCUACUAAAUCUAUAUCUGGAUUACACAGAAAAUUAAAGACUAAAAAUGAUGAAAUUGAUAACAAAAAUUUCAAUAAUCAUUAUACUAUACCAAAGAAUGUUAUCGAAUACGAAAUAUACCCUGAGAACAACAAAGAAAAAGAACAGAAAUCGAUCAUUAAAAAGGAGACUGAAGAAGGACAACUCCCUGAGGGUGUACCAAUCUCAAGUAAAUCAGUGGCCAAAGCGUACCGUUAUGGUACAGAUUACGUAGUAUUACCAAAAAUGAUCGCCGAUGAGUUGUAUUAUGAGACAGCACCAGGUAUCGAUAUUCGUGGUUUUAUGGAUCAAAACCAAUUGCCUAGAAGAUAUUUGAAUUCAGAAUCUGUUUUCAUCAUGGCCGAUACAAGGUUAGGAUCCAUUGGAGAUGUUACAAGUUUUUCUGCCCUUGUUGAUACUUUAUUAGAAACUUCCAGAAUUGCAAUUUGUCGAUAUGUACAAAAAUCUGGGGCAGAUGUUCAGAUGUGUGCAUUGAUACCAUUAAACAUUAGUACAACCAAUUUAAAGAAAGUAAGUACUAAUAAUACUUUAGAAGAAAACAAUACACAUGUUAGAACAUUAAUAAUUAGUAGAUUACCAUUCUCUGAAGAUGAAAGAAUUACAAUAUUAAAGGAUAAAUUAAACAAUGAAAAGGUCAAAACAGAAACCAAAGACCAAGAGGAACUAGAACAAAAAAUUGAUAAUUUAAUGUCAAAUUUCGUAGAUUCUAUGAGCAUAGAUACACCUAAUGAUAUACCAUCUGAGCAAUAUUACCAACAUUUUGAAGAGAUUCCAAAAUUUACAAAUUUACCGUUACCUGAGCAAACCAUUCCACUUACACAAGACCCUUUACAAAUGUAUGCCAUUACACCAUUUGCGCAAAGACAAGUAUUAUUAGAUUAUUUCCAUAAAGUCAUCAUUGAGGGACAGAAUAGCUCGGAGUUUACUCCGCCGGUUCUUCCAGAAAAUAUUCUACAAAAGAUAGAUCCGCUUCACAACGGACCGAGCGAAUCUAUGCUCAAUGACAUUGAACAAUUGACAUCAAUAUUAGGUAUUAAGAAAGUUCCAAUCAAAACAGAAGAUAACACACUAUCAAAUGCAACUGAUAGAAAAGAGUUAGAAUAUAAUAUUACAGAAGAAGCCCCACCUCUAGAUGAAUUAUUGGCUCGAGGUAGGCGUGAUUAA